UGAGCAUGUUUUUGAACACGUUAACACCGAAGUUUUACGUUGCCCUGACAGGCACUUCCUCACUAAUCUCAGGGCUUAUUUUGAUAUUUGAAUGGUGGUAUUUUCGGAAGUAUGGAACAUCUUUCAUUGAGCAAGUAUCAGUGAGUCAUUUGCGCCCCCUUCUGGGAGGGGUAGACAAUAACUCUCCCAGCAAUUCAAACACAAGUAAUGGGGAUUCCGAUUCAAACCGACAAAGUGUAUCAGAGAACUGGAGUGGAACAAAUGAUCUUGUCAGCUCUUGUGGCAUUGACCAUGGAUGGAUAGAGAUAGAAAGCCUUAGAGAGUGCAAGGUUUGGCGAAAUCCACUAAAUCUAUUUAGAGGGGCUGAAUAUAAUCGGUAUACAUGGGUAACAGGACGAGAACCUUUGACCUAUUAUGACAUGAAUCUUUCAGCACAAGACCAUCAGACAUUCUUUACAUGUGACACAGAUCAUUUGCGGCCAGCAGAUGCAAUCAUGCAGAAAGCCUGGAGAGAAAGGAACCCCCAAGCUAGAAUUUCUGCAGCACAUGAAGCCUUAGAGUUAAAUGAGUGUGCCACAGCAUAUAUCCUCCUGGCUGAGGAGGAAGCCACCACUAUCGUAGAGGCAGAGAAACUCUUCAAACAGGCUCUGAAGGCAGGAGAAGGCUGUUACAGACGUUCCCAACAGCUACAGCAUCAUGGAGCUCAAUAUGAAGCCCAACAUAGACGAGAUACCAAUGUCUUGGUCUACAUUAAAAGGAGGCUAGCGAUGUGUGCAAGAAAGCUUGGGAGGACCAGGGAGGCAGUGAAAAUGAUGAGAGAUCUAAUGAAGGAAUUUCCUCUCCUGAGCAUGUUCAACAUACAUGAAAACCUUUUAGAAGCUUUGCUGGAACUGCAAGCAUAUGCUGAUGUUCAAGCAGUCUUAGCAAAAUAUGAUGAUAUAAGCUUACCCAAAUCGGCAACAAUAUGCUACACAGCUGCAUUGCUCAAAGCAAGAGCUGUCUCUGACAAGUUCUCUCCAGAGGCUGCCUCCCGGCGAGGACUGAGCACGGCAGAGAUGAAUGCAGUAGAGGCCAUCCACAGAGCUGUAGAGUUCAAUCCUCACGUGCCAAAAUACCUACUAGAAAUGAAAAGCUUAAUCCUACCCCCAGAACAUAUUCUGAAGAGAGGAGACAGUGAAGCAAUAGCCUAUGCUUUCUUUCAUCUUCAGCACUGGAAGAGGGUGGAGGGGGCUUUGAAUCUUUUACAUUGUACGUGGGAAGGCACUUUUAGGAUGAUCCCUUAUCCUUUGGAAAAAGGUCAUCUUUUUUACCCUUAUCCAAUCUGUACAGAAACAGCAGACAGGGAACUGCUUCCAUCUUUCCAUGAAGUAUCAGUUUACCCAAAGAAGGAGCUUCCUUUCUUUAUUCUCUUCACUGCUGGAUUAUGUUCCUUCACAGCCAUGCUGGCCCUCCUGACACAUCAGUUCCCAGAGCUUAUGGGGGUCUUCGCAAAAGCUUUCCUCAGCACUUUGUUUGCCCCUUUAAAUUUCGUCAUGGAGAAAGUAGAAAGUAUCCUGCCAUCCAGUCUGUGGCACCAGCUGACAAGGAUCUAAGGGAAACACUCUCCCACCCCUGCCUUCCCCCACCUCUCUGUCCCCCCCACCCCCCGCAUCGACCCGACUGCCAUGAUACCUUCCAUGCCGACUCCUUGUUGACCGCGAGAAAGCAUGAUUUUUUUUUAAAGGGAAGCCAUUCUAAGACUUAAAAAAAAAAUUCUUCAUGGAUUGUCUGUUCUCAUAUUAAAAAAAAGUUUUUGUUGUACAAAAUACAUUGAUGUUCAGUUCUAUUAUAUUUUGCCUUCAGAAAAGAUAAAAAAAAUCUCAAAAAUAAACUUUUGUGUA